GUGAAGGUGGUGGUGCUGUGUGGUUACUCUUCGAACAGUGAAACACACUCUUUCGUUUGGAUUUUGGAUUUGGAUCUCCCUGCAUUGCCUUCUGCUCGUACCAAGAUGGUUGCGCAGAACUUUGUAGUUGAUUUGAAUAAGCCCCUUGUUUUCCAGGUUGGACAUCUUGGAGAAGCUUAUGAAGAGUGGGUUCACCAGCCCAUUGUUGGCAAGGAAGGCCCCCGAUUCUUUGAAAACGAUAUUCUGGAGUUCUUGACCCGCACAGUCUGGUGGGCAGUACCAAGCAUUUGGCUGCCAGUUGUAUGUUGGCUUAUAUAUAGUUCUAUACAAAUGGGCCUCAGUUGUCCUGAUGUAGCUCUAUUGGUGGUUCUUGGCAUUUUCAUUUGGACAUUGAUUGAAUACACAUUGCACCGUUUUCUUUUCCAUAUCAAAACAAAGACCUACUGGUGGAAUACCCUGCAUUAUCUUAUCCAUGGCUGCCACCAUAAACACCCCAUGGAUGGCUUGAGACUUGUUUUCCCUCCUGCAGCAACAGCUAUAUUAUUGAUUCCGUUCUGGAACUUGGUGAGGCUCAUGUCCACCCCUUCAACUACCCCUGCUUUGUUUGGAGGCGGUUUAUUGGGUUAUGUAAUGUAUGAUUGCACCCAUUAUUACUUACACCAUGGUCAGCCAAAGACUGAAGUACCCAAAAAUCUCAAGAAGUACCACUUGAAUCAUCACUUUCGGAUCCAGGAUAAAGGCUUUGGCAUCACUUCAUCACUAUGGGAUAAAGUUUUUGGAACACUUCCUUCAACGAAAGCAGAUGCUAAAAGUAUGUAGAUUACUAUCAAGCGUAGCAUAUGUUCGUUGGUUGAAAUAAUAGCAAAAUCAGGAAUUCCUGCUUUCAUUUGUCUAAAUUUAUUUUGCUCCCUCCCCAAUUGAUGUUUCUGGUGGUUAGCGUGCCAUAUUUUGUCAAUUUUAUGGUGCCAAAGUUCUACAUUGUGUAAAAAUUGAU